AUGGACAGGCCACAACCCAAGCCCUUCCCCUUGGCUCCCGUGGCGGCGUCUAUCCUCGCCGAACGAGAAACAGAGCGCAGGAACCAUCUCCGCCAACUGGGGUAUUUCAAAACAGCGUGUUCCGAAAUCGACGAUUACGUCCUGCUAGGUGGCCUAGAGAGGGGACACGUCGUGGGCUUGAGCGCAGAAGAGGAGUCCUUUGGGGUAGCCCUUGGCCUGCAGGUCCUUUCCAGGGCGCUGCUCGAGCCCCGCCAACGGGCGCUGGUCAUCACGCCCAAGCCGGCGGGCGUCAUUCUGCGGUCGCUGAGGGACGGCGUCGCGGCCGAGCUGGCCCACGAGGGCGUGGCCCCGGGGGACGUCGAGCCGCGCGUGAGGGCGAGCCUGGACUGCGUCAUGCUCUCGUGCGUGUUCGACAUGGACGGCCUGUGGGAGGUCCUGGCCGAGCUGGACAGGAGGGGCCGGGCUUCCUCCCCCCCGGGGGGCCGUGUGCCGCCGUCGCCCGCUUCCGAGAUUCAAGACAGCGAGGAGGACGAGGGGCCCUCGCCGCUCUCGCCGCCGCCGGCCGCGGAGUCGCCGCCCCCUUCCGUCAUCCUCGUCACGCACUUCUCGAGCCUGCUCACGUCGCUCUUUGCCCGGCGCGAGAGGCCGGCCGCCCACGCGAACCUGUCCCUGCUUGCCUCGCGCCUGCGCCACCUCUCGCGCAGUCUGCCCUCGAACCCGCUCGUCCUCAUCCUCAACUCAACCACCUCGUCUACCGACCCUCAUGGGCCGGAACCAGGCAGGCACCCUUCUGCGGCUGCCGGCGGCGGCAGGCCGCUUGAUCCCUCGCUCCGGUCGAUAUUCAACCCCCCGCCGCUCCCCAUCCCCGGCUACGUGCCUACCUCGUCGAGGCGCAACAAGCCUUCGUUCGGGCUGGUGUUUACGCAGUUGCUCGACCUGCAUCUCCUGGCUUCUCGGGUCCCCAGGACGGCGGAAGAUGCAGAGGUCGCACUGGGGAGUACUGCGCUGGAGGCGAGGUUUGUUACCGUGGUGGAAGUGCUGUUGGAUGAGAUGGGCCUGUGGACGGGGAGGAUGGGGAAGAGGCCGAAUAGGGAGCAAAGAUGGGCUGCAGUGCAGGUCGACGACGGGAGAGUCGUGGAUGCGUUUGGGAAGCAGGAGAUGGCCGCUGUGACGGAGAUUCGUACAUCUGGGGGGUUCGGGGGACGAAGGCCAUAG